GUCAAGCAUCUAAUCCAACAAGGUAUCUAUCUUCCAACUAUGGCAGUCACAGAAUUACCUACCAGUACCACAACAACAAACAAAAUCAAGAAAAUUUCAAUUCUACCACUCAUCUUCAUCAUCUUCUAUGAAGUGUCUGGAGGACCAUUUGGUUCAGAGGAUGCAGUAAAAGCAGCUGGUCCUCUCUUAACCCUUCUUGGAUUCAUAGUUUUCCCAUUUAUAUGGAGUAUCCCUGAAGCCUUGAUCACUGCUGAAAUGGGAACAAUGUUCCCUGAAAACAGUGGUUAUGUUGUUUGGGUUUCAUCAGCUUUAGGACCUUAUUGGGGUUUCCAACAAGGUUGGAUGAAAUGGAUUAGUGGUGUCAUAGACAAUGCUUUGUAUCCAGUUUUGUUUCUUGAUUAUCUUAAGUCAACUAUUCCAGCUUUCGAAAGUGGUUGGCCUAGAGUUUUGGCAACAUUAGGUCUUACUAUAUUUCUAACUAUUUUGAAUUAUAGAGGUUUAACUAUUGUUGGAUUUGUUGCUGUUUGUUUAGGGAUUUUUUCAUUACUUCCUUUUGUUGUUAUGGGAUUUAUUUCAAUUCCUAAGUUGGAACCAUCAAGAUGGGUUGAAGUGGAUUUAAAAGAUAUUGAUUGGAGUUUGUAUUUGAAUACACUUUUUUGGAAUCUUAAUUAUUGGGAUUCUAUAAGUACUCUUGCUGGUGAAGUUGAAAAUCCAAGGAAAACACUUCCUAAAGGUUUGUUUUAUGCUUUGAUUUUGGUUGUUAGUGGAUAUCUGUUUCCUCUUUUUGUUGGCACCGGCGCGGUUCCAGUGGACCGCGCGGCUUGGAGUGACGGAUACUUUUCAGAUAUUGCUAUGAUCAUUGGUGGAGCUUGGUUGAGAUGGUGGCUUAAUGCUGCAGCUGCGGUGUCGAAUAUGGGAUUGUUUGUUGCUGAAAUGAGCGCCGACUCAUUUCAGCUUCUAGGAAUGGCUGAGAGGGGAAUGUUGCCUGAGUUCUUUACCAAAAGGUCGCGCUACGGUACGCCUAUUAUAGGGAUACUUUUUUCGGCCUCCGGUGUGAUUUUACUUUCAUGGCUUAGUUUUGAUGAAAUUGUGGCUGCUGAAAAUUUCUUGUACUGUUUCGGAAUGAUUCUUGAGUUUAUUGCAUUCAUUUUGUUGAAGAUUAAAAAACCAAAUGCAUCAAGGCCUUAUAAGGUACCAGGAGGUAAAGUUGGAGCAAUUUUUCUAUGUAUCCCUCCUACAAUAUUGAUUGGUUUUGUAUUGGCUUUCUCUUCUCUAAAAGUGUUUGUUAUAAGUGUCAUUGCUAUGGUGAUUGGUCUUGUGAUGCAGCCUUGUCUCAAAUUUGUGGAGAGAAAGAAAUGGAUCAAGUUCUCUGUUAGUCCUGACCUACCUGAUCUGGACAAUGGGGAGAGCACACAAACAUUGGUGCAAUAAAUUGGCUCUGUUUUUAUUUGUUUUGAUAGAAAUUGAUACAGCAUAAUAAUUAUUAUAAAAUUAAGGAGAAUAAUAUUAUAGGGUUUCUUUGUAAUUGUAGGAUAGUUUAUUAUGUGACUUUAGUUGCAUUUGGUCAUUAUUACAUCUUUAGAGGAUAGUAUUGAGUGGGGAAAAAGAUACUUAGACCACUCUUUUUAGCUUGUUUGGCAAAGCUUUUUUCAGGAUAUUCUCGCAUCCCAAUGCUCCUCAAACGCUAAAAGCAAGAAGCUACAAUACUAAGCUUCAAUGCAAACGUGACUUUAAACGUGAUUUUGGAAAAUGUGAUGGUAUACCAAACACGUGUACACCUUUUAUACCAUCGAAUAUGACAUGGCAUGGAUACUUUAAAAAA